AUGCAUGACGAACAAGUCAGUUUUGAUGUCGAGUUGCAGAAUAUCCGUACUUUUGCGCCUUUUACACUCUCUGGCCAGUCUGUUAUAACCCAUGCAGCACGCGACCCCGGCCUGACCGGGUGGAACGAGCACCAUCUUGUACAGCACUGGUCCUCAACGUAG